UCUCUCCUUCUUGUCUUCUUCUUCUUCUUCUUCAACUGUAGCUUCCUUUCACUUCACAUGGCCUAUUCUAGCAUUCUCCUUCUCUCCUCUUCCCCCCCCCCCCCCCACUACUACCUGACAAAACUCCUUGCUAAUCUGCGCUUCCUUUAAGGUCACUUUCUUCCUUUGUCUUUCUUUUUCCAGUGGACGAAUGAACGAACGAACCAAAAAGUAGCUGAUCCUCCUCGGAGUUUGGCCCCCUUUUGUCGCAGGAUCCAAUGUCUUUUUGAUUGAUUUCUUUCUAUUCUAUCGCUAUCCCGCCUCUAUCUCUAUUGCGUGUCUCAAUACUUUGCUUCUGUGGUUGUUUUGGUUGCAUUCCGCUACCUCUUCUGGACUCCGAGGGUUUUUGUUGUUUGGCUCGUGGUUGUGUACCUUCCCUUUGAUGGUAAUGUGGUUUUUUUUUAUUCUCUCUGAAGUGGUUAGGGUUUUGGAGUGAGGAAGUUUCUGGUGGUGGUGGUGAAGAAGUUUUUAGUCUGUGAAAAUGUUCGGGUUUCGGAGGCGAAUGAAGCUUGGAAGAUUGAAAGUCCAGCUUUCGGAUCCUGCUCAGGGAACUAGGAGUCCUAUUCGAAACCCCAAACGAGGGAGCAGCUCUAAUAGUGAAUGUGCUGCGCCGGCUAGUAGGCAUUCUGAAGAGCAUGAUGAGGGGCAACGAGCUUCUGACGUUCCAGAUAUUAGUAAUAAUGGUGCUUCGGGACAGUCUGAGAAUUGGAUGGUCUUGUCGAUUGCAGGGGAAAAACCAGCUCCUCGUUUCAAUCAUGCCGCAACGGUGAUUGGAAAUAAGAUGAUUGUUGUUGGUGGCGAAUCUGGGAGUGGAUUAUUAGAUGAUGUUCAGGUUCUUAAUUUUGAUAAAUUUACUUGGACCAGAGCCUCAUCAAAGCUUUACCUAUCACCUAGCUCACUUCCAUUGAAGAUCCCUGCAUGCAAGGGUCACAGCCUGGUUUCUUGGGGGAAGAAAGCUCUCUUGGUUGGGGGUAAGACAGAGCCAGGAAAUGAGAGAGUGGCAGUGUGGGCAUUUGACACAGAGACAGAAUGUUGGUCGCUGAUGGAAGCAAAGGGAGAUAUACCUGUCGCUAGAAGUGGUCACACUGUAGUUAGAGCUAGCUCUGUUUUAAUCCUUUUUGGAGGUGAAGAUAGUAGGAGGAGAAAACUCAACGACCUUCACAUGUUUGACCUUAAAUCUUUUACUUGGCUCCCUCUACAUUGCACAGGAACGGGACCAUCUGCAAGAUCCAACCAUUUGGCAGCUCUUUAUGAUGAUAAAACUCUACUUAUAUUUGGAGGGACAUCAAAAUCCCGAACCCUGAACGAUUUAUAUUCGCUUGACUUUGAAACAAUGGUAUGGUCAAGAAUAAAGGUACGGGGUUUUCAUCCAUCACCUAGAGCUGGUUGCUGUGGCGUUCUCUGUGGAACUAAAUGGUGCAUAGCAGGGGGUGGAAGCAGAAAAAAGAGACAUGCGGAUACUUUGAUCUUUGACAUACUGAAACUUGAGUGGUCCGUUGCUCUCACAUCACCUCCAUCUUCUGUUACCACCAAUAAGGGUUUCAGCUUAGUGCUCGUGCAGCACAAGGAGAAGGAUUUUCUUCUUGCAUUUGGGGGAUCCAAAAAGGAGCCAUCAAAUCAGGUUGAAGUAUUGACCAUGGAAAAGAAGGAGCCAUCUUUGAGGCACCGAUCCAAUCCCAUUGACUCAACUGCUAGACAAAAUCUAGCAUCUGCUAUUGAACAUGGUUCUGGAAGAAAAUCCAUUUCAGAGACCUCACUUGUCGAUCCAAAUCCUAUUCCUGGAAAUAUUUCACUCCGCAAGCAAUUUCAUAAUGAUGAAGCCUUUGACAAAACUACUAAGAUAGCCAAGACUGCAGAAGAUGAUUCCUCCACUUCUCAGGUAACAGAGAACAAGUUGACUCAAUCUGGGGGUGAAUUCCAUGGGGAGACACUGCCUUCAGUAUACGAGUAUGAAAGCUCAAAUCCCUUCAAGGAAGGAGUUGGAUACCAUCCCAUUGAUAACACUGAUCUAUUCAGCGAAAACAGUGGUAAAAUAGUAACAUCAUCCACUUUUUCAAGUAUAUAUCAAUUUUAUGAAGCAAAAAUGGCGGCCUUAAUCAGAAAGAAUGGAGUUCUCGAAGGGCAACUAGCAGCAGCAACGGCGAGCCGAGAAGCCGUGGAGAAAAACUUAUCCUCUGCUCUAAAGAUCCGGCAGGAGAUGGAGAAAAGAAUAGCUGAUAUGAUAAAGGAAAUGGAAAUGCUGAGAGAUAAGCUAGCAGGAGUAGAAAUAGCAAAAGAAGAGGCCAAUAGUCUGUCAAAUAUUGUCCACUCUGACAAUGUACGCCUUGAACAUGAUGUUGCUUUCCUCAAAGCAGUUUUGGAUGACACUCAGAAGGAGCUUCAUUCUACUAGAGGAGUCCUUGCAGGAGAAAGGUCUAGGGCCUUCCAACUACAGGUAGAGGUAUUUCAUCUAAAGCAAAGAUUGCAAUCCAUGGAGAACCGAGCACCGACACCAAGGAAACCGUUCCACAUGUAGCAAUACAAUUCGAACAAACACGGUAAGCAUCUGUAAAUUAAAAUGAUUCCCAAUUGUAAGGUUGUGGAGAGAUUAUUGUUGCCAGAAAUAAGAGCUUAUUGAAAUCCAUCUUCCUUGAGGUAACCAACAACGAGAUAUAAGAUUUUGUAAUGGGAACUUAUCUCCACAAAUUGAUUCACAACAAAUCAAUAGGCUUAGAAUGUGGUUAGUUGUAGCGUAGGGUUUGUUGAAACCUUUUGUAUUAAUUCAAUUUAAGUGUAAAAAAGAGUUUGCCUAAA